AUGUAUAUAAAGAUGGCCACGUUAGCAAACGGACAACCAGACAAUACCAGCCUGAGUAGCAAUCACAGCAACCCCAGCACCAACGGGCAUAUGAACGGAUUAAACCAUAGUCCCGGAAACCCAUCCACCAUCCCAAUGAAGGACCACGAUGCCAUUAAGCUCUUUAUUGGGCAGAUCCCCCGUAACCUGGACGAGAAAGACCUCAAACCGCUCUUCGAGGAGUUCGGGAAGAUCUAUGAACUGACGGUGCUGAAGGACAGGUUCACUGGCAUGCACAAAGGCUGUGCCUUCCUAACAUACUGCGAAAGGGAGUCUGCUCUAAAGGCCCAGAGUGCACUGCAUGAACAGAAGACACUGCCAGGGAUGAACAGACCAAUCCAGGUGAAACCAGCGGACAGCGAAAGCCGAGGAGAAGACAGAAAACUCUUUGUGGGUAUGCUCAAUAAGCAGCAGUCAGAAGAUGACGUGCGCAGGCUAUUCGAGGCAUUUGGCAACAUCGAGGAGUGCACAAUCCUUCGGGGACCCGAUGGCAACAGCAAAGGGUGUGCAUUUGUGAAAUACUCUUCACAUGCAGAGGCCCAAGCAGCCAUCAAUGCCUUGCAUGGCAGCCAGACAAUGCCGGGAGCCUCUUCAAGCCUGGUGGUGAAAUUUGCAGAUACAGACAAGGAACGUACAAUGAGACGCAUGCAGCAAAUGGCGGGACAGAUGGGCAUGUUCAACCCCAUGGCCAUCCAGUUUGGAGCGUAUGGCGCCUAUGCACAGGCACUGAUGCAGCAGCAAGCCGCGAUCAUGGCAUCGGUGGCGCAAGGUGGCUACCUGAACCCCAUGGCAGCAUUUGCCGCGGCCCAGAUGCAGCAGAUGGCGGCUCUGAACAUGAACGGCCUGGCGGCUGCCCCCAUGACACCGACCUCAGGUGGAAGCACGCCUCCUGGCAUAACUGCACCAGCUGUGCCUAGCAUCCCAUCUCCAAUUGGGGUGAAUGGUUUCACUGGCCUCCCGCCUCAGGCUAAUGGGCAGCCCGCCGCAGAAGCCGUGUUUGCUAAUGGCAUCCACCCUUACCCAGCACAGAGCCCCACUGCAGCAGACCCCUUGCAGCAAGCCUACGCUGGAGUGCAGCAGUACGCAGGUCCAGCUGCUUAUCCUGCUGCUUAUGGCCAGAUUAGUCAAGCGUUCCCACAGCCGCCUCCCAUGAUCCCACAGCAACAGAGAGAAGGACCAGAGGGCUGUAACCUGUUUAUCUACCAUCUGCCCCAGGAGUUUGGGGAUGCUGAGCUGAUGCAGAUGUUCCUGCCUUUCGGUAAUGUCAUCUCCUCGAAAGUGUUUGUGGAUCGGGCGACAAACCAAAGUAAAUGCUUUGGUUUUGUGAGUUUUGACAAUCCUGCCAGUGCCCAAGCUGCCAUCCAGGCUAUGAAUGGCUUCCAGAUUGGCAUGAAGAGGCUGAAGGUGCAGCUCAAGAGGCCAAAGGAUGCUAAUCGUCCCUACUGAAGAGUUGUAGGAACCGCUGGAUACAAAGCACUAGCACAGACUGUAACAUUUCUUCAAGAAAAGUAUCACAUCUGCUGACUUCGAAGGACAUGC